ACACCGCGGACAAGUCCACAACCCGUUUGCUUCACCACUACGACGUUGAAAUCGUGUAAAUAGUUUUGGGAUUAAACACGUCAUCUCCCGGUCUACCGAGGCGCUGAACCCGAGCUGUUUAGUCAUACAGGGUGUGUCUCUGUUCACUCGCAGCGGACUCGUUUUUCCACUCUUUCUACCGGUUCCUCUCUCUUUCUCGCCCUCUCUUUACUGCGAGCUCCGGUGCAGACCUCCUCCGACAGAACGAUCUUUCUUCGAAUCAAACCAACUAUCAGCUAUCUAUCAGAAUGGCUGGUCGAGGCAGUGUGAGAGCCAGUGGAAACUUCAACGCCAACCAAGAUGCAGAGACACUCUACAAGGCCAUGAAGGGACUGGGAACCGAUGAGGAUUCCAUCAUGAAGUUGUUGACGUCUCGUAGCAACAGCCAGAGACAGCAGAUCAAAGCUGCAUACAAGACCCUGCAUGGCAAGGACCUGGUAGGUGAUCUGCAGGGUGAACUGGGGGGAACGUUUGAGACUCUGGUAGUGGCUCUAAUGACUCCGCCCAUCCUCUACGAUGUGACAUCACUACGGAACGCCAUCAAGGGGGCGGGGACCGAUGAGAAGGUGCUGAUUGAGAUCCUGUCUUCUAGAACGGCCCAGCAGAUUAAGGACAUCACUGCUGCCUAUCGCCAGGAGUUUGAUGCAGACCUAGAGGAGGAUGUAACAGGGGACACGUCAGGUCACUUCAGCAGACUGCUGGUCAUCCUGCUACAGGCCAGCAGACAGCAGGGGGUACAGGAGGGGAACAUAGAGGCUGACGCACAGACUUUGUUCACUGCAGGAGAGAAGAAUUAUGGGACCGACGAAGACCAGUUCAUCACCAUCCUGGGGAACAGGAGCACUGAACACCUGAGGAGAGUGUUUGCUGCGUACAUGAAGCUGGCAGGGUAUGAGAUGGAAGAGAGUAUUCAGAGAGAGACCUCUGGAGGACUGAGAGACCUGCUACUGGCCGUGGUAAAGUGUGCUAGGAGCAUCCCAGCCUACUUUGCAGAGACUCUGUACUAUUCGAUGUCGGGCGGUGGAACUGACGACCAGACCUUAAUCAGAGUGAUGGUGAGUCGUAGUGAGGUGGACAUGUUGGAUAUCAGAGCUGAUUACAGACGCCUCUUCACCAAGUCUCUGCACUCUGCUAUACAGGGAGAUACCUCUGGUGACUACCGUAAGGCCCUCCUCCUUCUCUGUGGCGGUGACGACGCGUAACCGUGGUGAUGAUCCCUGAAGGAGCGAUACCUGGAGAGACCUCCUCUCUGAAUGGCCCCUCUAGCUGUCAAUCACUCUCUGAGUCCUGUGUAACCCAAUAGGAGAGCUCUGCUGGCCACGGUGCAGCACUGUGAUAGGUUAUGAUGGGUUUAAUCCUGUGUGUAUCUGUAGCUAACAUCCUUAAAGCUUCACUCUGCUUCAUAUCUACAUCACUACAGUCAUAAUAAUGCUGCAAGUCAUGUUUUACUAUCAGUUAUAUAACAACUAAAGACUGUUCAUGUUUUUACUGUUUGUAAGGCAACACUGAAGACAUAAUAAACAUUUUGACAGCA